UCUCUAUUGUUUUUUUGUAGAUAUAAAUGAAUGUGAAAACAACCCAUGCGGAAGGUUUGAGAAAUGCCUCAAUUUCAAGGGUAGAUAUGAGUGUGCUUCGCCAAUGCUUUGUAAAAUGGGUUUCGAACUCAACGAAUCCGGUGAUAAAUGUAUCGACAUAAACGAAUGUACUCGUGGUACCCAUAAAUGCCAGCCCACUCAAAUUUGUAAAAAUUAUCACGGUUACUAUACCUGUGAAUGCCCUCCUGGCCAUCAUCUCAAUAAAAUAACAGGCCAAUGUGAAGAUUUGGACGAAUGUAGGAUGUUCAGGCCAUGUCGUUUGGCAUCAUCAAAAUGUGUCAAUCUCAUAGGAUCGUUCAGGUGUGAUUGCAAGGAAGGCUUUGAGAAAAAAUAUAUCAAUGAGUGUGGAGACAUUGAUGAAUGUCUACAAACCCCUGGUCUUUGUGAACACAACUGCAUCAACAUAUAUGGAACAUACCGUUGUAGCUGCAAGCAAGGAUUCACUCUGAACAGUGACAACAGAACUUGCACGGACAUUGAUGAGUGUGAAAGAUUCAAAGACAAGAGGUUGUGUAUUGGAACUUGUAAAAAUGUACCCGGUAGUUACACUUGCGAAUGCCCCCCCGGAUAUGAAUUGGGAAGUGACGGCAGAGUUUGUAUAGAUAUAGACGAGUGUCAAGAGUCCAAUGUAUGUCUGCGUGAUGAAGUUUGUCUGAAUACCAGAGGAGGAUACAAAUGCUACAGAAUCAAAUGCCCUCCGAACUACGUGAAAGACAGCGAACAUAAAGCGCGUUGCAAACGUAUGCAGUCCUACUGUGACCUACGAGAUUACCAGUGUCUUCUGAUGCCAGAGCAAUAUACCUACCAAUACAUAACGCUGGUUUCAAAUCUUCCCAUGACUCGAGAUAUCAACCUAUUCCGAAUAAAAGGACCCGAAUGGUACUCAUCCAGGGCACAAUUUUCAAUGAAGCUUCUGGAUGUGAACUGCCCGGCUGGAGUUCAAAAAGUGAAUGAGCGCUGGUUUCGAAAGGUAGAUGACCAAUUCAACAGUAUGGUGUUAUAUCUCGUCAAACCUAUUCAAGGCCCCCAAGAAAUCAAGCUUCAAAUAGAGCUGACACUGUUCCAAGGAAACACCAUUAUUGGAAAUGCAGUUGUUUAUAUUAUUAUUGUGGUUUCGGAGUAUACAUUUUAGUUUUACUAUAUUUGAUCUUAUGAUUCCGUACUGUAAAUAAUGUGCAUCUUCAAAAUAUAUUUAUAUCUACUUAUAUGAAAAUCAUCGAAUCUCAUAACUGGAUUCAGUAA